AUGGUCUGUCUAAAAGACAUAGUACCCGCAGCUGAAAACAACAUUAACACACGGUUCAUAGUAUUGGACAAAGGCAGAACAAAAUUGGAAGGCCAGAACAGGACUUGCCUGGCACUUGUGGCUGACGAGACUGCUUCAGUUCACUUCCAGUUCUGGGGUGACGAGUGUGAUGCAUUCGAGCCAGGUGACAUAGUCCGUUUGACUAAUGGCAUCUUUUCGUACAACAGGAACAACAGCCUUGUUUUGAGGGCUGGCAAGAGGGGAUCCGUAGAGAAGGUGGGAGAAUUUACUAUGGUAUUUGUGGAGACGCCAAAUAUGAGUGAGAUUACUUGGAUUCCAGACCCUGAUCGUUCCAACAAGUAUGUGCAGGACUCUGUUGUUUCUCCGCAUUCCCGUAUCUUUCCUCCAUUGCCUUAA